CUGUGGACGAAUCGAUAAAACGAGAAUGGUUAAGGUUAAUAGGGUAAAAGUAUCUCGUGUGACCAAUGAUGCAAUUGUGUUGAGGUUAAGAGCGAUAUUCAACAGUGUUUUUGCAACAUUUAAAAUUUAAAUUACUUAACGAUUAAACUAAUUAAUAUUCAGAUAAGAUGAACUUUAAGUAGGGAUAUUAUUACCUACUGUGAUAUAUUGGGUAUCAGUGUGAAAGUCAACAAAUUUAGAACCAAACAUGAAUCGCCCUAUGGAAAUUAAUAUAUGGGGAGGUGACUGGGGGCUUCCUUCAGUUGAUAUAUAUUGUCUAGAAGUUAUGGCAUAUGCAAAGUUUUCAGGAGUUCCUUUACAAACAUGUGUGACCAACAACCCAUUUUGGACGCCAAAUGGAAGGUUACCAGUCUUCAAACAUGGUAAACAAGUUUUGAGUAGUUUGCCUGAAAUUUCAGCAUAUCUAAAGCAAAAGAAUUUUAGUGCUGAUUUUGGUCUAACUCAGAAACAAUGUGCAGAUGCAGCAGCAUAUACUCAACUUCUCAAAGAAAAGUUACAUCUUGCCCUUCAAUAUGUAUGGUGGCUAGAUACAAAGAAUUACACAGAACUGAUCCGACCAUGGUAUGCAAAAGCCCUUCCUUUCCCAUACAACUACUAUUACCCAGGAAAGUAUGAACAGGAAGCAAAGAAGCAUCUGGAAGCUUUAUAUGAUCAAGAUGAUGACCCACUGACCAUUGAAUCUUCGGUAUAUGGUGAGGCUGAAAAAUGCCUUACUGUUCUUUCAGUACGGCUUGGAGAUCAAGAAUUCUUUUUUGGUUCUCACCCUACAUCGUUAGAUGCAACUGUUUAUGCGUUCCUUGCACCUCUUCUUAAGGUGCCAUUCCCAUCACCAGCACUUCAAAACUACCUCAAGGCAUGCACAAAUCUAGUCAAAUUUGUGGUUCGCAUUACACAACGAUACUUUCCUUAUGCAAUCCAAGAAUAUGAAGCAAAAAAGUCUGCAGAAAGUGGUGCUCAAGGGAAAUCAGAUCCAGAAUCAGAUUUUCCUAAUCGUAGAAGAUAUCAAAUAGUUGCUGGUAUAUUUGCAACUGCAGCUAUGACAGGCUAUGCUCUGUCCACUGGAUUAGUUCAGAUGUCAACAAAAGAUGAAGUCAGUGAAAAUUCUGCUGACUAUAAAGACUUAUUUCAGGCUGCAGAAAAUACUGAAGACUAGAAGGAAACAUGAAUCCUUGCAGCUGAAAGUGUUCAAAUUUGGGUUAUGUGAAAGACAGGGUUUAUGCCACCCCGACAUGCGUUGUUGCUGAACUCCGCAGAGAAAUUACGGAUGUCAUCCAAACCAUCAUAUCUGACAUGCUGAACAAGACAGGCUGAAAUCAAGUAUAGCUUAGAUAUCCUGAGAGCUACUAAUGAAGCUCAUUUGGAAGUGUACUAAGUAAAACUUUUUCAGUUACUCUAUAGACUGCUGCAAACCAUGCGCCUCCAUCAGUCACAGAUCCCUCCCAAAGUAAUCUGUUAAUGGGGGAGAGUUCAUGUGGACACUGUAUAUUUAUGAACUUCAAGACUCACAUUCUUAUUUAAAAAAAGGUAUAUGCUUGGUCAUCUAUGAUUUAAGAAGAACCUGUGAUGCUAUAUGAAACAACACAGUACAAUAAUUUUACUGCUGUC